CAUUAUCGAACUCGGACGCUCGCAGCUGUCACAUCGUAAUUCACAAUGAGAGAAAUCGUGCACAUCCAGGCCGGCCAGUGUGGCAACCAGAUCGGAGCCAAGUUCUGGGAAGUGAUUUCUGAUGAACACGGCAUCGACCCGACCGGAACCUAUCAUGGCGACUCCGAUCUGCAGUUGGAGAGAAUCAACGUCUACUUCAACGAGGCUACAGGCGGGAAGUAUGUCCCUCGCGCCACUUUGGUGGAUUUGGAGCCCGGUACCAUGGAUUCCGUCCGCUCCGGUCCAUUCGGCCAGCUGUACCGACCAGACAACUUUGUCUUCGGUCAGAGCGGUGCCGGAAACAACUGGGCCAAAGGUCACUACACAGAGGGCGCCGAGUUGGUCGACUCCGUCCUCGACGUCAUCAGAAAGGAGGCAGAGAGCUGUGACUGCUUGCAGGGCUUCCAACUGACGCACUCUCUGGGCGGGGGUACCGGGUCUGGAAUGGGCACACUGCUCAUCAGCAAAAUCAGAGAGGAAUACCCAGACAGAAUCAUGAACACAUUCUCAGUGGUCCCAUCACCAAAGGUAUCUGACACUGUUGUUGAACCAUACAACGCCACCUUGUCAGUCCAUCAGUUGGUGGAGAACACAGAUGAAACUUACUGCAUUGACAAUGAAGCUUUGUAUGACAUUUGCUUUCGUACCUUGAAACUGACCACCCCUACCUAUGGUGACUUGAACCAUCUGGUAUCGGCCACCAUGUCUGGAGUGACCACAUGCCUGAGAUUUCCUGGUCAGCUCAAUGCAGAUCUCCGUAAGCUGGCUGUCAACAUGGUGCCCUUCCCCCGUCUCCAUUUCUUCAUGCCUGGAUUUGCUCCUCUCACUUCCCGUGGAAGUCAGCAGUACAGAGCCCUGACUGUACCAGAGCUCACCCAGCAGAUGUUUGAUGCCAAAAACAUGAUGGCCGCCUGCGAUCCCCGUCACGGCCGUUACCUGACCGUGGCUGCCAUGUUCCGUGGUCGCAUGUCCAUGAAGGAGGUGGAUGAGCAGAUGUUGAAUGUCCAAAACAAGAACAGCAGCUACUUCGUGGAAUGGAUCCCCAACAACGUCAAGACCGCUGUCUGUGACAUUCCACCCCGUGGUCUCAAGAUGUCUUCGACUUUCAUUGGCAACAGCACCUCCAUCCAAGAACUCUUCAAGAGAGUCUCAGAGCAGUUCACAGCCAUGUUCCGUCGUAAGGCUUUCCUCCACUGGUACACCGGUGAGGGUAUGGAUGAGAUGGAGUUCACUGAGGCCGAGUCCAACAUGAAUGACUUGGUGUCUGAGUACCAGCAGUACCAGGAUGCCACUGCUGAGGAGGAGGGCGAGUUUGAGGAUGAAGAGGAAGAGGGCCAAGAGCAGUAUUAGUUCAACAACAACAGUAGGUGCCCAUGAGAAAAAACUGUCAACAACGGGUCGUCUUAAGCAUUAUGGACAAGAGUAAAGCGAAACACCGGAGACAAGAUGACUAUCAGCGAGAAUAUUGGCAAUGACGAUAACUAAGCUCCGAUACUGCAUUUUCGAGGGCAUUUUUCCAUGCAUUAAUUAUUAUGCAUAGUAUUCCAUCAGUAUCACAUCCCAUCCCGUCAUAAGAAAUGAUGUAAAGAUGCAAACUGAAGAUAACUGGGGGAGUUGAUUUAAAAACAUUAAAAUCUUUUUAUAAUGUCCCUGGAUUUAAAUCCAGCAAGUGCGAUUUGCAAGUUACUCUAGCCAUUUAUCUAAGACUCUGUGUUCAUUUCGUCUCUCGGAAAAAAGUAAAUAAAAAAAAAUAAAAAA